AACAGCGUAUUAUAUAUUUUAUGUAACGCAAAAGUUUUUUGUAAAUCACAUGAUCUUCAGGAGGUGGAUAUUUUCAGAGUAUAAAUACAGUUCCUGAUUCUGUUGUCUGAAAAGUAUUCAGGUUUGACUGAAGAAAGAGAGUAGGUUACCAUAUGAGGAGAGGGUUACUGACUUUAACUUAAAACAUGGCAGAUUCUCACUCUGAGAGCUAUGAAGAGUUGAUUACUCCACUGAAAGAUGAACUGAGGAAAAUUCUCAGGAACAGUAAGUCAGUAAAAGAAGGACCCACUACGAAAUUUAUAUUAAACACAACAGUUGUGACCGAAGACAAAUUACUGAGGAAAGUGAGACUAGGAGAGAAAAAUGAUGACAACAAAAAUAUGGUCAUAUUAGUGGUUGGGGAAACAGGAACAGGGAAGACUGCUUUCAUCAAUGCAAUGAUCAAUUACAUCAUGGGUAUCAGAUGGGAACAUAAAGUUUGGCUGGAAGUAUCUGAGGAAUCUGAAAACCAAACAGCAGCAGUGACUGUUUAUGAAGUUUUUGCUCCGGACAGUCUUUUCUCUCUCACUGUAAUCGACACACCUGGAUUUGGAAAUGCAACAGAUGAAGAUGAAGAUAAAGACAAGUUCAUUCCUAAAGUGUUACAGCAGUUGUUCAGAUCUGAAGAUGGCAUUCAUGAAAUUCACGCAGUGUGUCUUGUGUUGAAGGCAUCAGAAACUUGCCUCCAUGAGAGACAGCAAUAUGUUUUAGAUGAAAUGAUGUCAUUAUUUGGCAAAGAUAUUGAAAAUCAUAUCUUAUUAGUCUUCACACACCAACUUCACAAAACUCUCCCACCAAAAGUUUUUAAUUUUAUUAAAGAAUCAAAAAUUAAAAGUGCACAAAUUUAUUUUACGUUUGAUAACUGUCAGAGUGACUACUUCAGGGAGGAAGACAGAAAGAGUUACAAAUCAUCCUGGGAUCGUGGAAUUGAAACCUUCAAGCAGUUUUUUGAUUAUCUGAAUAGGAUAAACCCAAAAAGCUUGAAUAUGACAGAAAGUGUGCUUAGAGCCAGAAAACAAUUAGAUGCCUGUGUCAGCAAUUUGAAAGACAGAAUUGUGUUUGCAGAUUACAGAAAACAAGAGCUGGAGCAAACAAAAUUAGCUCUGGAGGAAAUUGAAAAAAGCAGAGAACUAGAGAAUAACUUUGUAUAUGAAGUCGAUGAACCAUACAAACAAGAGGUCCAGAUAGUGUCAUCGUGGUGGCACCUGAGCAAACAGGCGACCCGCUGCACUGUCUGUGAGGAGAACUGCCACUUUCCAGGAUGCUGGUGGGUCAAAGAUCUGUCAUGGUGUAGUGUGAUGACGGAUGGAAAGUGUACAGUCUGCACUGGCAAGUGUGACCACACUAAACAUGUGAAAGAUGACAAAAUGUAUGAGAUUCGAAGAAGAAAGGUUAAAAGAACAAAGGAGGAUCUGAAAAGGAAAUAUGAAAAGGAGGUUGGAGAGAAAAAGAGUCUGUUUAUUGGACUAGAGAAUGAACUCAGGCAGACAGAGGCAGAGAAGAUCAGGCUUGUGGAAGAGUGUUACCAGUGUUUUGAGAAGUUAAUGGAAACUGCAUUAAAAUGCACAUCCAUGUCCUCUAUGCAACAUCUGGACUUCAUGAUUGAGAGAGUGAAGGAGACUGGGAAAGAAGAAAGAGUUCAGAAACUUGAGGACCUUAAGAGACGAGCUGAAAAGGAAAACAGGCUAUUUAGAAGAUUUAAGAAUCUUUGUAAAAUAUGAAUAAAUAACAAAUAAAAAAACAUAAUGAAUGUUUCAUAUUUCAAAUCAAAUUAAAGGAACAAAAUGGAAAGUAUGUUUACAAUAUAGGGUGUCUGAAAUAUUGGAUUUCUGUCCAGUUUACAUUACACUUCUUAUGUAGUGAGCGAUUCAUGCCUUUUUAAAGAAUUUUCCACAGUUUAUUUGUUUGAGGUUUUCAUGUCUUACUCAUAGUGCUGUUUUUUUUUGUGUGAAUCAUUUUAAAAACUUUGUUCAGAAGCAAGCAGAUGCGGUGUCUGCGAAUAUGACAUGCAUUUGAAAAUGUGGAACAUUGUUUUGGGAUAUUCUUUGUAUUCACAUCUCCAUGAUUUGUGUCAAAACAAUACAGCUUUUGCUUAAAAAAGUAACAAUUUAAUUAUGUUGUUCUGCUUUAAAAGCAUACGCCUUGUUGCACAAAAUGUUAUGAUUUUUGAGUUUGGAGAACUUUUAAAAAUCAGUUGAGGUAAAUAAGUAAAUGAAAAAAAACUGAAAAGUGUCCACCGUCGUUCCUCAAAUCAAUAAUAACUCAGACAUGAUGUUUUAUGUGCUUUGCAGAAUUAUACAAAACACAUUUUAUUAUUGGAUGUUGUUGUUGCUCAGAAAUCUUCAGUAAUAUGGUACUUACAUUAUUCUCUUUUAAUUAAUGCUUAUAUGUUGGCAUGCUUUUUUAUUUUAACAUUUUUAGAUGGUUUAGACCUUUAUGCCACUGUCGAAACAAGUCUAUUUUGUUUCUGGUUUAGUCUUUGUAUCUUGUUCUCUUUCACUUUCUGGUUUCCUUUGUUAGUAUUCUCAUAAGUCACGUGAUUAAAAGAACGUAUGGGUGUAAAUGCAUAUCCUGAUAUUCUAGUCAGUCUAUUCAGGUUGGACUGGUGGAGGAGUUGACAUCAUGGAAACAGCCAAGACAGACACAGCGCCAUUGUCUGAAAGGAAUGAAGACUAUGACACUCCAAUGGAAGAACGAUUAAGCGAAGUUCUCAUAAACAGUAAAACAAUAAAAGCGCCCACUACUAAAUAUAUACUCAAAACAUCAGUCUUAACUAAAGGGAAAUUACUGAAGAAAGAGAGAAUUGGGGGAAAAAAUGACAAAAAACCAACUAAAGUUAUAUUGCUGGUCGGAGAAACAGGAACCGGGAAGAGCAGUCUCAUCAAUGCAAUGGUCAAUUACAUCAUGGGUGUCAGAUGGGAACACAAGAUUUGGCUGGAGGUUGUCGAGAUAUCAGAUGAACCUGAAUCUCAUACAGCAGAAGUGACUGUUUACGAGGUUUAUGCAGAAGACAGUCCAUUCUCUCUUGCUGUUAUUGAUACACCUGGCUAUGGCGACACGGAUGGCCUUAGUAAAGACAAACUUAUUCCAGAAGCUUUACAGCAGUUGUUCAGAUCCGAAGACGGCAUUCAUGAAAUUCAUGCAGUGUGUCUUGUGUUGAAGGCAUCAGAAACUCGCCUCCAUGAGAGACAAUCAUACAUUUUGGAUGAAAUUUUGUCAUUAUUUGGAAAGGACAUAGAAAAGAACAUAAUUAUACUCUUCACAAACUCCCAUGAUACUGUUCCAAAAAAAACACUUAAAUUAAUACAGACAGCAAAAAUUCCAUGUGCAAAGAACAAAGAUCAACCUGUUUACUUUCAGUUUAAUAACUCUCAGAGCGAAAACUAUGAUGAGGAAGAUAGAGAGAUUUACCAAUCAUCAUGGAACAGUGGAAUAAAAAAUUUUGAUAAGCUUUUUGAUUAUCUGAAUGGGAUAAACCCAAAAAGCUUGAAUAUGACAGAAGGUGUCCUUAGAACAAGAAAACAACUGAAUGCCUGUGUCAGCAAUUUGAAAGACAGAAUUGUGUUUGCAGAUUACAGAAAACAAGAGCUGGAGCAAACAAAAUUAGCUCUGGAGGAAAUUAAAAAAAGCAGAGAACUAGAGAAUAACUUUGUAUAUGAAGUCGAUGAACCAUACAAACAAGAGGUCCAGAUAGUGUCAUCGUGGUGGCACCUGAGCAAACAGGCGACCCGCUGCACUGUCUGUGAGGAGAACUGCCACUUUCCAGGAUGCUGGUGGGUCAAAGAUCUGUCAUGGUGUAGUGUGAUGACGGAUGGAAAGUGUACAGUCUGCACUGGCAAGUGUGACCACACUAAACAUGUGAAAGAUGACAAAAUGUAUGAGAUUCGAAGAAGAAAGGUUAAAAGAACAAAGGAGGAUCUGAAAAGGAAAUAUGAAGAGGAUGUCGGAGAGAACAAGAGUCUGUUUAUAGGACUUGAGAAUGAACUCAAGCAGAUAGAGGCAGAGAAGAUCAGACUUGUGGAAGAGUGUUACCAGUGUUUUGAGAAAUUAAUGGAAACUGCAUUAAAAUGUACAUCCAUGUCCUCUAUGCAACAUCUGGACUUCAUGAUUGAGAGAGUGAAGGAGACUGGGAAAGAAGAAAGAGUUCAGAAACUUGAGGAUCUCAAAAUAAGAGCUCAGAUAGAAAACGUGGGAUUAUAUAAAUAAAAAGAGAAACUAUAUAAUGUAUAUCUGAUGUGAUGGUUAAGAAUUAGUCUUUUUUUUUACUUUUAAUUUUUAUUAAGGGGUCGCACGAUACAUAGAUGCCCCGGUUCCUUACGUACAGGGUUCAUGGUGCAGUACAAUUUUGGUACAAUAGGGGGAAAAAAUAAAUACUAUGCUUGGUUUCUUUUCAUUUAUUUUGAAUAGACAGUAGUACAAAUAAAGAUGUUAAGCAUAUUGUACUGUCCCAGAGGAGUGCUUUGAGAAAUAGAGUUGGGGUGAAGGAGGGAUACCAAAAAACGGUAAUUGCCAGAUUAGCUAAUUGUGCUAAUUGUGCUCCUACUGAACCUCUUUGAUAAAACAUUCUAUAUAAUCUGCAGUAUUUAUACGUUUAAUAAAAUACAUUCUUGAAAUAUGUUCCAGCAUUACUAACUUAACAGCGCAGUUGGUAUUUUAUCAAAAUAAAUAGUCAACGAAACAACAGGGUGCCAUCUCUGGGUCACCCCCAGAACGCAACUGAAGUACAGAGCUUAUAAUUUACAUAAAUAAAUGAAAUAUCUGGAUUUAUGCCGAAUGAGAGAGGUAAUAGGAUAAUUGUUACAAAAAAAAAAAAAAAAAGCUAUAAUUUGCUAUUCAUAUUUUAAAAUGUAUCUUUUAUAUUUAGGACAUUCUUAUGAAACUGUAUAGAUUUACAUAUAUUUUAGAUUUAGUAUCAACUUCAUUACUUUUUUAUUAUAAUUCUUUUGUAACAAAAUAUAUUUUUUAUUGUACUUUUUUUUUUGUUUUCAUGCAUCAUGCUUCCUAAAAAAACCCAAAAAGCAAUCAUGUCUGAAAUUCUGAGAAAUUACAAACCACAAGCACUGCACAAUUUUUAGAUGGAGGCAUUUCAUUGUUGAAUUCAGUGCAAAAAGGCGUCAACUUGUUAAUUUUACAUUACUUUAUGUAUUAUACUGAAGAGGCUUUUUUUGGCUUUAGAAAAGGAACAUGAUUGCUCUUCUCACAAAUCAAGUCUUUUUGUGCUGAUGUUUUUAAGUCACUUCCUGUCUCCUGCAGUAUCAGUUUCCAGACCCUUGCUUAGUGUGUCUUGUUAUCUUAUAUAUGGCCCUGGUGUUUCUUUAGUUUUUAUGAGUUAUUGAAUUAAAUGAAUGUCUGUUUUCCCAUUAUUGUUCUAUUUGUUUCCUUUGUUCAUUUUGGCUUAUUGUUUAUUCUAGUUUUUUCAUUAAAUACUUGCACAAA